AUGGACAAAAGUAGAACAGGUUCCCCCAGAGUGGAUGGUAAUUUUGUAUUGGGUAAAAUCAGUAACUUAAAAGUGGAGAAAGAGGAAGACAGCAUUAACUGUACUCUAGAAAGAAUGGAUAUAAAAACAGAACAAGAUGAUUUUAAACAUGGGGAGAGCAGCGAUGAACAGGAAGACAAAGAAAAGAACUUCAUUACCAACAACCCUAGCAAAUAUUUAUCUACUGAAAAUGAAGAUAAUUAUGGAUCUCUUUUUUCUCAGUAUAGUAGUACUCUGUAUGAUGUAGCAAUGGAGGCCGUGACACAAAGCCUUCUUUCUAGCAGAAACAUAAGCUCAAGAAAAAAGUCACCUGCUUGGAACCAUUUUUCUAUAUCUCCUAGAGAUAGCACUAAAGCAAUAUGUAUGUACUGUAUGAAAGAAUUUAGCAGGGGUAAAAAUGAAAAGGACCUGAGUACAAGUUGUCUAAUGAGACAUGUGAGGAGAGCCCAUCCCACUGUACUAGUUCAAAGAAAUCGAAGUAUGCCAGCUAUAUCCCAUCCCACUGUAUUAGUUCAAAGCAAUCUAAGUAUGCCAGGUAUAUCCUCCUUUUCUUCACCUACAUUGUUACUGCCACCUCAGUCAGCAGAUGUUGGAGAUCUGAGUUCUAUGUUAUCCCCCAUAAAACUGGUCAAGAAAGUGACUUCUAAAAUACCAUCUCCAGAUCGAAUAAUUGAGGAAUCUGUUUCUAUUGUUUCUUCUGAAGAAAUAUCAGAUCUUUCAGUUUCUGAGAAGUGCAUCAAAGAAGAAGUCAUGGUUGAGUCAUCUCCACAGCUACCCAACAACCAGUAUGAUGACACCGUGGAGAAUGUAGCAGAAAAAACUGUUGUAAUUCCAAAGAGCACAUCAGGUUCCAGAAGGAGAUCUGCUGUCUGGAAACACUUUUAUUUGUCACCUCUAGAUAAUUCUAAAGCUGUCUGCAUUCACUGCAUGAAUGAAUUUAGUAGGGGAAAAAAUGGAAAAGACCUGGGAACAAGUUGUUUGAUAAGACACAUGUGGAGAGCCCAUCGUUCCAUCGUCCUGCAAGAGAAUGGGGGUGGCACUAGCAUACCACCUCUCUACACUGCACCUCCAACUCUGUUGCCUUCUUUGCUGCCUUCAGAUAGUGAUCUGAAUUCUAUGUCAUCCUCUCCUGAAAAACUAAUGAAAGAAUCAACUUCUGUUUCUUCUUCUCCAGAGAGAAUCUCUGAGGAGAUCCAUACUAAUCUCUCUUCUGGAGAUGCUCUAGUGGAAGACACAAUGCUAUCAUCAUCCGAUGAUAUAGGUGAAGUCUCCUUCAUUUCAUCUCCGGAGAAACAGUGCGAGGGAUUAGGUCCACUAAUAUUUGAACCUACUGCUGUAUUUCAGCAAAAUAAAAGGAUUAUGAAAAGGCUUAAAUCAGAAGUUUGGCACCACUUUUCACUGUCACCUGCAGACAGUCUAAAAGCAGUGUGUAGAUACUGCAGUUGUACGAUAAGUCGUGGUAAGAAAGGCGAUGUGGGCACAAGCUGCUUGAUGAGACAUUUAUAUAGACGCCAUCCCGAUGUAAUUGGAAACCAAAAAAGUUUUCUUGAUAUGAGUUUGGCAAAUUCUCCUUAUGCCACUUUGGCUUCUGCAGAAUGUUCAUCCUCAAAGUUGACUGACUUGCCUACAAUGGUUACACAUGAUAAUCCAAUUAUAUUUCCUGUUAAUAGUAAGAAGACCUCAAAACUGUGGAAUCACUUUUCAAUAUGUUCUGCAGAUUCGACAAAAGUAAUAUGUAUGCACUGUGGUCGUACAAUAAGUAGAGGGAAAAAGCCAACAAAUCUAGGCACAAGUUGCCUUCUAAGACAUUUGCAGCGGUUUCAUAACAAUGUAUUGAAAACUGAUGUCUCAGAGACAGUAUUAUCCUCAUCUACGGAUAAUCACAUGCCACUGAGCACAGAAUUAUUAGGAUCUUCAAAUUUUGAUGAAACCAAUGAUAAGUUUUGUGACUCUCACCCAGUUGCCAAAAAAAUCACAAGUCUUGUAGCCGAAAUGAUUGCACUUGACCUUCAGCCAUAUUCUUUUGUAGACAACGUUGGCUUUAACAGGCUUCUUGAAUAUUUGCAACCUCAAUAUUCUUUACCUUCUCCAUCUUACUUUUCUAGGACAGCAAUUCCAGAUAUGUAUGAUAAUGUAAAACAAAUAAUUAUUUCACAUCUUAAAGAAGCUGAAAGUGGAGUCAUCCAUUUUACAUCUGGAAUAUGGAUGAGCAACCAAACACGAGAAUAUCUGACUCUGACAGCACAUUGGGUAACAUUUGAAUCUUCAUUUCGACCACAGUGUGAGGAUUACCAUUGUUCAGCGCUAUUAAAUGUAUCACAGAUUGAUUGUGACUACAAUGGAAUCAGCAUUCAAAAGCAAUUAGAGUACUGGUGGGAAACAUGGAUUACUUCCAUUGGCCUUCAGAUUGGGAUUACUGUUACUGAUAAUCAGAGCAUAGAGAAAACUUUAAAUGAAGGUGAUCAUUCAAGUGUACAAUGCUUUAGUCACACUGUUAAUGUCAUUGUAAAUGAGGCUAUUAAAAGCCAGAGGAUGGUUCAGAAUUUACUUAGUAUUGCAAGAAAGAUCUGUGAACGUGUCCAUCGGUCAGCAAAGGCAAAAGAGAAGUUAGCUGAGUUGCAAAAAGAGUAUGAGUUGCCUCAGCAUCAACUAAUACAAGAUAUCCCAUCGAAGUGGAAUACGUCAUUUCAUAUGCUUGAACGUCUUAUCGAACAGAAAAGAGCAAUUGAUGAAAUGUCAAUAGAGUGCAGCUUUCGGGAGCUAAUAAGUUGUGAUCAGUGGGAAGUCAUGCAGUCAGUGUGCCACGCUCUCAAACCUUUCGAAGCUGCAAGCAGGGAGAUGAGUACACACAUGUCUACUCUAAGCCAAGUGAUUCCAAUGAUUCAUAUACUUAACAGGAAAAUAGAGAUGCUAUUUGAGGAAACAAUGGGCAUAGAUACAAUGCUGAAAUCUUUGAAAGAAGCCAUGGUGAGUAGAUUGUCCUCUACGCUUCAUGAUCCAAGGUACAUUUUUGCUACGCUUCUGGAUCCCCGGUAUAAAACAUCCUUAUUUACAGAAGAGGAGGCUGAACAAUAUAAACAAGACUUAAUCAGGGAGCUGGAAAUCAUGAGUUCUACCUCAGAUGAUGAUAAACCUGUUUCCAAUGGAUGUGAUAUAGGUUCACCAUCGACAAAUUCAUGUGGGGAAGAUAAUCUUUGGUCACUCAUGGGUGACAUGAAGAAAACAAAAGACCUGAAAGAAAGAGCAAAGUUACCAGAGGAAAUGGUGCUUUCUUAUUUGGAGGAGGAAGUGCUUGAGCAUAACUGUGAUCCUCUAACUUACUGGAACUUUAAGAAGUCAUCUUGGCCAGUACUGUCAAAAUUGGCUGUCAGGUUCUUGGGUUGUCCACCAAGCAUUGUUCCUUCAGAGAGAUUGUUUAAUACAUCCAAUGAAAGCAACAACUUUAGUCAGUCAAGGGUAAUGAUUGAACACUUUGAAAAGCUUAUCUUUUUGAAAGUGAAUCUUCCUCUAAUAUACUUCCAGUAUUGA